AUAUGUAUGUAUGUAUGUAUGUAUAUAUAUAAAUCAGUAUUUUCAUCAUCUUUCAUAUGUUGAAAAGUAAUAUAGAGUUUUUAUCGAUAAAGCGAGUCCUCGUUAUGCGUAUACGAUCCCGUAUGAGUAUAAGAUCGUAAUGCGUUAUCUUAAAUAUACCUUAAAAUAUGAUCCUCUAUAACAAAUCGACCCCGGUGAAGAUGGGAGUGGCAAGACACACCCUAGUCAGGCUAUAUAAUAUCCUAUCGAACAUCCCAGAACGUAAAAGUCCGGUAACAACCCUUCAGUCACGAUAAAAUACAUCACAGAGGUAACUCCGUUCAAUUUUUCUAAACGAAGUACUUCGCUCGUUCUUUUUGUUAUUCUUGUUGUUAUUUUUCUUCGAAAUACUUAACAAAAAGAAAAAAAAAAAAAAAGAAAAAGAAAAGGAAGGAAUUCUAGAAGCAAACGAUGGGAAAUAAGGUAGCCACGUUCUCCGAGGAACAAUUGGAAGAUUAUCAAGAUUGUACAUUUUUCACGCGUAAAGAAAUUUUAAGAAUAUUCAAGCGUUUUCGAGAAAUGGGUGAUCCAGGAAUGAUUCCACGUACGAUGACGUCACAGGAAGCAUCAACUUUACGUUUACCACUAUCGUAUCUGGCACGUAUUCCAGAACUCAAGGAAAAUCCAUUCAGAGAACGAAUUUCAGAAGUGUUCACAAAAAGCAACAGAAAACAACAAUCAGAAAAUACCGAAGGUAUUUGUUUCGAAGAUUUCCUCGAGAUGAUGUCUGUCUUCUCAGAGCAGGCACCGCGGGAUCUGAAGGUCUUUUACGCCUUUAAGAUUUAUGAUUUCGACGAAGAUGGAGUAUUAGGUAUCGGUGAUCUGGAACGCACCUGUCGGCAGCUGGUCCAAGAUGGUCUAACUAACGAGGAAGUAUACACCGUGUGUCAAAAAGUUUUAGAGGAGAGUGACAUUGACGGUGAUGGUGCUCUCUCGUAUCUUGAUUUUGAACACGUUGUUACUAGAACACCAGAUUUCAUCUCGACAUUUCAUAUAAGGAUAUAAAUCUCAUCUCGUUUGAUCAAGAGAGAAAAAAAAGUAAUAAAAGUAUGUUAAAGAACUUAC